UCUUCCCUUGCACAAAUUCUCCCGCCAAGAAGAGAGGAAUGAGAGCUCAAGGAGGUCACCGGAGCGAGGGAACUUCACGUCACACGAAGCUCGCCGGUCGCUGGUCGGGAGGUUUUCCGGCGAAGAAAUCUCGGAAGGUCCCGAGGAAGAGCUUGUCCUCUGAACUGAGCUCAACGGAGGACAUUCCCAAGGAAUUGUCCGAUUUCACUGCACUUUGUGACGCUCUUGAUGCUAAUCCCGACGGCGAAAUUACAGAGAUAACUGAUGACAGUGCUGAUAGAUUGAGCAAUUCAGCGAUUGCUUCUUUGGGAGUAGAUCAAUUGGCGAAUCUUCUUGUAACCGCUCAGAAACAGGUUCUGGAAUCAUUUGAUGCGAAUUGCCAAUCCAAACAGCUCCUAGAAGCAGUGAUCAAGGACAAAAUGGAUAAGCUUUGCACCGUAUCUGAGCAGAGAGCUUACUCUGAUGGCCUCACUUGCCUCAAAGUUUCUGUACCCUUCCUCUGUCUCGUGUUUGGGAUCCUUUUAGUCAUUGCCUUCAGCUCAGGACUGGAAAGAUCACAAGGUGGCAUUUUUCCGACCUAAUCUCCCCCAUCCAGCUCCUAGAGAGAAAUUUAAUGGACAAGCAUGGAAUUUUUUUACCUGGAAGGAAUGGCAUAAACAAGGAUAAAUGUAGCUCCCGAUCUGCCCAGUCUCUCUUUCUAGCACUGCUUAACUCGGAAACCUGUCAUAUGGCUAGAAUUUCUGGGCUUCUCUUCUGUACAUGGAUUUUCUAUCAGUAACUUAAGAAUAAGCUGCUAGACUAGCUUCCCAAAUAGCCACAAAUAUUUACGUACAGAGAUAUAAGCGCAUUCUCAUCCUUUUCCUUUUUCAUUGUUCUCAUCUUAUCAUAAUGAAUACCACGACUGUUAUAACUACCAGGGCCAGAUGACACACAAGAGCUACAUUGUUUUAUUCUUCCCUUAGUCAUUAACCGGUGAAGGUUGUCAAUGGGGGCACACAAUUUUUUUAUUUUCCAGGAACAUCUUUGCUCCCAUUUGUCAAAACAGCAGAAGAAAAUUUGCUAUUCUGAAGUCUAAAGUAUUUGAAAUAGAGUUCAGAUGGUGACAUAAUAUAAUCGAUUCAGCCCAUAGAUAAUCAUGAUAGACCAACUAUUCUGAUCAGAUUCUUCUAUGAUAAGUAAAACGGAAUAAGCCAAAUGUCCAAUCCUUAUGUGGAAGCAUCUUCCUCUGAUUGAUGCAAAAGCUUAUGUCUUCCUGCGAUUAGAUUGCUCAACCACCCUAACCCUUAAUUAAAACGUGGAAACAUCUCUGCUUUCCGAUUAUAUUCCGCUCUCUUCGUCUAUCAUCACCUUCGCUGCUCCUAUAACAGAUUAGGAUUCUUAUUAGCUGGGAGAAAAAGCUGACUCUGCACACAUCUAACAGUCACAGAAGUUAAUUAAAAGUGCUAGAAGAGAGAUGAGUCAUUUGCCAAGAGUGAGUCAAAACAUAAAAGCAAUUGAUGAUAUGGUCAUGGUCAUAUGAACAGUCCAUGACAGAUCUUACAUCACGGCAUUAACAAUAGAUGUUCCAACAUGGUGAUUAUAAAUAGAAACAAUUCCAGCUGUAAGAUUUGGUUAGUUAUUUUUAUUUAUUUACUUUUACAUGGUGGUGUGAUGGUCGACUUCCGUUAUGGACCAAUAUGUUGCUGCCGCUUUAAGUCGAAUGUCGGGGUUCUAUAAAUUAAUACAUUAUUCUUGAAUGACUUUACAGCAAGAUGCCCAAAUUCAAUCAUCUGAUCAAGUUGAUGAAAGCUAGAAUUCCAUAUUAGGUUAUUGUUAAUUAAAUAUUAAGCAGCCAGCUGGAAUUAGUCCGGCAAGAUUCAUAUGGACUUUAUGCUCCUAAUCUGCUGCUCUUUUUCCCCUAGUGUUGCAUUACCUAUUAUAUUUUCACCGCCCCUCGUAUAAUGUUUAAUAGAAUUGAUGGGUUAGUGAAUUAAAUGGAAUCAGCAUGUGAAACAUGAUUGGUAUGCAUAGCAAAGGAACUUGCUUCUGUUGUUAUUAUUCACCCAUACUAAA